AGCGCACGUAAUCCAGAGCUGGAUUAUUAGAUCGCCUCUCAAUGGCAAAGCGCUGCACCUGGUGAAAGUAGUGACCAGAUCAAAGCUAAAAUGGAGUAGUCGUCACAUAUACUCUUAUCGGGGAGGGGGGGAAUAUUUGUAAUUGGUCCAAAAAUUAUUCAUUUACUACCAAUAGUGUUUGUCUCCUAAUGCCAGCGUUUUAUUUUGACAGAACAGUUUAAUGCUAAUCUUACCCAUUUUCUACUCAAUGGCAGAAGAUUUAACCUUGGUUUUCACUUUUAUUAGUGUGCUGUAUCCCCCCCCCCCCCCCCCCCCACACACACACACACUAUUGUAAAAUACGUGACCUGACUUAUUAAAAUAAUGUAAUCUAAUGAUGUCAAACUCGGACAAUGUAGUCGUGCAGUCAUCCGUCGUUGCUCAUGCAGCCCCACAUCGUUACUUCAGUAUAUGCACGCUGUACUGAAGUAGAAGUAGAGGUACUACACCCGGCUGAUUUCGCCAUCUCUGCAAAUAAAAUAAUUUCACUCAUGUAUUCCUCGCUCUGAGAACAAAGAACUCGCGUUGCCGCGCGAGAGCAACGUGGUCCUGCAACUGUUGUGAACGGACUAACAAAGAAAUGCUAUGUUUGAAACGUGUCUUCAAGCGUAGAGCUUAAAAUGCAACCAGAUGCCUGAAAAAUCUUAAAUGCAGUAACAAAAACAAAACAAAAACUCAUAAUUGUCUUCGGUUCCCUCCUUGCACCACUGGCCACACGAUGGAGUGUUUGAUGGCUCGGCGGCCAAUUGGAAGUUCCGAGCUCUGGUCCGUCAGCUCACCUGGCACGCGGGCAGCCGCCAAACGCACGUUAGAUGUCACCUGAAGCCAAACGAGAUUAAAACCAAAGCCUCUUUCUGCCUGCCGCUUGCCGGCUCCUUCCAUCUGACUCAGCAUCAGUUUGCAGGCUUUUCCGUGGACAAAUGAGGCUCAGACACGAAGAGUGACAAUGCCACUGGCCGGGUGGUUACUGGGGCUGUGUUUGUGGUGGCUAAGCAUUGCAGAGGUUUGGACCGCUACCUUCAAGUUGGCUCUCAUUGGUCCCUGGUCCUGUGAUCCGAUGUUCUCCAGGGCAAUGCCGACGGCGGCAGCCAACUUGGCACUGUCCAGGCUACGCAGGGAUGACAGCUUGAGCCAAGGCUAUUGGUAUGAUGUCAAACUGCUCGAUGAGGACUGUUCUACUUCCAGAGCUUUAACCGAAUUUGCUGAUAUGGAGGGUUACGGUCACGCCUACAUCGGACCCUUCAACCCCGUCCUUUGUCACGCCGCCUCUUUAUUGGCUCAACACUGGGAGGCGGGGCUGGCCUCUCCCGGGUGCCUCGACGCCAAUUGGCCCAACCUGCCGCCCGUCCCUCCCCCCAGCAGGGUCCUGUUCACGGUGCUCAGGUUCUUUCGCUGGGCACACGUCGGCGUCAUCUCGGCCCCGGUCGACAUUUGGAGGAGCACCGGACAGGAAGUGGCCUCCGCCCUCAGGGGCCUCGGCUUACCGGCUGGCCCUGUCGUCACCAUGGAAACAAAGACGGAGGCCGGCCCUCGGGAUGCACUUCAGGCAAUCAGAGACGCAGACAAGGUCAAAGUGGUCAUCUUGUGCAUGAGCUCCGUCCUGAUUGGUGGGGAGGAUCAGCGAAAGCUGCUAUUGGCUGCCCUGGAUAUGGGCAUGGUCUCUGACGGCUACGUCUUUAUUCCUUACGACGCCCUGCUGUACGCGCUGCCCUACCAGGACACGGCGUUCCCCCAGCUGAGCCGCAGCACCCGACUUCGGCACGCCUACAGCUCCGUUCUGACCGUCACGAUGGCAUCGGAUCAGAAUUUCUACCAAGCUUUUCGUCAGGCCCAGAUGAACAGAGAGAUCCGAUCGGCCGUGUCGGCAACGGAGCAGGUGUCUCCGCUCUUUGGGACCAUCUUCAACAUGGUUUACUUCGUCGCGAAGGCCGUGGAGGAGCGCCGGCGGGCGGGCGGCGGGCGCUGGGUGACCGGUGAUCAGUUGCUCCGGCGGGACGAAGGAUUUCAAUAUCAAGGAUUCAAUCAGACGGGCGUCGCUGCCGCCGAGGUCUUGUACGGGGGCAAAGGUGGACCCGGCAUGCAGGCCGGCUACGUGGUGUUGGACUGUGACGGCGACAAACUUGCGCCCACGCACACGCUGGCUCCGACGCACGCCACCGGGCCGGUGGGCGGCCUGAAGCCGCUGAGGCGCUCCUUCCACUUUCCAGGGGGGAAACCCCCGAGCGCCAGCUUCUGUUGGUUCAAUUCAGAUGAGGCUUGCAAAGAUGCAGACACUGCGAUGGUCUUGUUUUUCUUCACGUUGAUGUGCACUCUGCUCGGCGCCAUCUUCUUUUGGAUCAGGAAGCACAGGGGAGCGGAGCCCCCCUCCAAACUCAUUCUGACGCUAGAUGACAUCGUCUUCAUUGACACUCAAGUCAGCAGGAAGAAGCUGAACGACGAGUCAAUCAUGAGGAGUCUUCUUGAAAUCAAGACGCCUUUCCGCUCCAUCGCCAGAAGCUACAUAUUGACCACCCCCGAGAGCUCCAAUAUUGGAAUCCUGGAGGGCGACUGGGUUUGGCUGAAGAAGUUACCGGCGACGGGGACGGUGACGGCGGUCAAUGAAAACACGCAGAAGAUCUUCAGCCAGUUGAGGGACAUCCGACACGAAAACCUCAACCUCUACUUGGGCAUGUUUGUGGACUCUGGAAUUUUCGCCCUGGUGGUGGAGCACUGCCCUCGCGGCAGCCUGGCCGACCUGUUGGCCGACGGCGACAUGAGGCUGGAUUGGAUGUUCAAGUCGUCCCUCCUGACGGACCUCAUCAAGGGGAUUAAGCAUCUCCAUUUGCGGGGUUUAAGUCACGGCCGUCUCAAGUCCACAAACUGUCUGGUGGACGGGCGCUUUGUGCUGAAAAUCACCGACUAUGGCGUCCCCAUGAUCACUCACUCGGAGAGACUGGACAUUUGUGAGGACCCGCAAGAGCUGCUGUGGACCGCGCCCGAGAUCCUGAGGCACCCCGUCAGAGGAGGCACGAUGGCCGGGGACGUGUUCAGCUUCUCCAUCAUCAUCCAGGAAGUGAUAUCACGAACGCUCCCGUACGCCAUGAUGGACAUGCCCGCCUUAGAGAUCUUGGAGCGUUUGAAGCAGCCGCCCCCUCUGUGCCGACCCGUCGUUUCGGUGGACGAAGCCCCGGCCGAGUGUCUCUCUCUGAUGAACGAAUGCUGGAACGAAGACCCCGCCAAGAGGCCGACCUUCAACGAGAUCUUCAAACAGUUUCGGGGCAUCAACCGGGGCAAGAAAGCAAACAUCAUCGACUCCAUGCUGCGGAUGCUGGAGCAGUACAGUUCCAACCUGGAGGAUCUGAUCCGAGAAAGGACGGACGAACUGGAGGUGGAGAGGAACAAGACGGACAAGCUGGUGGGACAACUGCUGCCCAAGUCUGUGGCUCAGGCUCUGAAGAAAGGGAAGCCGGUUCGCCCGGAGCACUACUCGGACUGCACGCUCUACUUCAGCGACAUCGUCGGGUUCACGACCAUCUCGGCUCUCAGCGAGCCCAUCGAGGUGGUGGAUCUGCUCAAUGACCUCUAUACCAUGUUCGACGCCAUCAUUGCAUCUCACGAUGUCUACAAGGUGGAAACGAUCGGCGACGCGUACAUGGUGGCAUCCGGCGUACCCAACCGGAACGGCCAUCGACACGCGGCCGAGGUGUCCAACAUGUCGCUGGAUAUCCUGCACUCCAUCGGAGCCUUUAAGAUUAAGCAUAUGCCGGAGAUUAAAGUCAAGAUAAGAAUCGGACUCCACUCUGGUCCAGUCGUGGCAGGCGUGGUGGGUCUCACGAUGCCCAGGUACUGCCUGUUUGGAGACACGGUGACCACCGCGUCUCACAUGGAAGCCAGCGGACUUCCAUACAGAAUCCACAUCAGUCUGAGUACAGUCAAGGUCCUGUCCAGUCUCAAACUGGGCUACCACAUGGAGACCAGAAAAGCUCAGGUGAAAGGUUCCGAGGACACCUUUUGGCUCGUGGGGCGAGACGGCUUCGAUAAACCUCUGCCCGUUCCCCUGGACCUGAAGGGAGGGGCCAGUAACCACGGAAUCAGUCUGGAUGAAAUCCCGGUUGAAAGAAGACAGAAGUUUCUGGACCGACAGAAGAAAAUCAAAAAAUAGACACUUGCCAAUGGACAAAUAUAAAAACACACACACUCACAUACUACCUCUGAGCAUGGACAAUUUUACUGUCAAUUAAAAACAAACUUAAAAAAAAAAAAAAAAAAAAACAAUCUGUGUGGACAUUGUACUUUGCAGUAUACCACAAGUGCCCUGCUGAGAGACUGUUGAGCAAACCAGGUGGAAUACAAAACUGGACGAUAAUUCAAGAGAUUUUUUUUUUUUUUUUUUUUUUUUUUCAAAGACCACGGAAGGUAUCAUUUUGAGGCUUUCAGAAAGGCCUUAAAAAAAAAAAGACUCGAGACUAAUCUGUGUCCACAAGGCGGCGCUCGCAAGAGGACGUGAGUCGACUCCAAUAACUUCCUGGUUACAUGUUGGUUGCGAGUGAAUUUCAGUCACGACGCAUGAGGACGCCGAACGACUGCCUUCACUUAUUAAUUCAAUUUUUUUCUCCCCCCAGGCGAAAAUUUUUUUUUUUUUUUUUUUUUUUUCAGCGCGAGUGCGACGAAAAAACAUUCGACUCGGCUCGGCUCUCCUUUGCGGCGUGAGGGGAGGCGCUAAUUGGAGGCAGGUGCGCACCACGGAGCCAUAAAGCUGACGCGGGGUGGUGGAGAUGCAGAAUCUGGCACCGCACCAAGAGGAUCCGCACCAGGGUCAGCGGUUCUUAUAGACCAAUCAGAAUCAUCUCGAUGGUAUAGACAGAUGUGACAAAACGGGCUUGGAAAGAAAGAAGUUGUUGGAAUGUCUGCGUGGCUAAAGUGGACGGGGAGGCCGCAAGAGGAUUUUGGAUGCGGAGCUCCGGCAGUGUGCAAGUCCUGGAGGAGGAGUCGGCAGCAGUUUGGAGGAUUCCCAAACAAUGGUAGAAACGGUCCACCACUUCAAGGUCGAAGCACCGACUAAGGGAAGUGUCUUUCUUCCACUUGCUGUUCGUCGCCGCUGACUCGCAUGAUUUUUGACCUUUUUUUUUUUUUUUUUUUAGGCUGGCACUUUGAGUAAGUGAACUAAGUUUGGCCUUUUGAGCUGCACUCCAUUGUAUUUGUUUCCCCGUUUAGGUGCGGUGGAUUGGACGAGCGUCAUAAGUCCUUGGACAUCGUGAACCGAUCUUCAGCAAACUAAAUGAUUUCUCCUCCACCCCCACCUCGCUGGAGCAUUGCCAAAAAGAAAAGCGGGAAUGUUCCGCCACCUCAAGAUCCAAGGACCGGCGAAUGGCAGAACACAAGAUGAACGGCUUCAUUUCCCCGUCAG